UCACUGUGCCCCAGAAGGGGGUCGUUAUUGUCCGAGAUCAUUGCCUAGGAAUCCAAAAAGCCCUGUUGGGGAUGAACGUAAUUGCAGACUGCUGGGAGGAGUUGUUUCAGGCUAGGCCUAAGAAGACCCUACCACCGGCAGAAAGACAAGAAUGGGAAAGGAUAGAGGCCGAUUGUCGUCGGGUACACAUGGCCAAGGCACGGGGGAGUCAAGAAGGUAUCGGGCGGGUUGCCUGCCGAUACGCAGUAUCUAUACCGGCAAGGAGUGAGGCCAUUGUCUGGGCAAGAGUACCAUCGCACGAGUGCGGGUCGUCAGGCUGGGUGCUGGUCGAGCCCCAUAUGGACUGCCAGAGUGUAGCAGUGGCCCAUGGAUUGGCAGUGGUUCGCCGAGGCCGAGUCCCGGUGAAGAUACGGAACGAGAACCCUUACCCUGUCAAUUUACAUCGUCACCAGCGGUUGGUCCUGGUGACCAUGGUGGAUGCCCACCAGGUGCGAGAGGGCCGGGAAGUCAGCUUCCGGCAGGUGUGUCCUACGGUCGUAGAAGUGACCUUGGCUCAGGUGGACUCAUCCCUGGAACAGCUCGGAAAUGAGGUGCCUGUUCACCUGACCAGAGAGUCCCUGCAGGGAGAAGGGCUAGAGGAAAGCCAGAGUAAACAAUUGCAGGAUCUCCUUACCAAGUGGCAACAUGUGUUCUCCAGACAUGAUGAGGACUAUGGCUGUACCGGUGUAGUGAAACAUCAGAUCCCCACUGGCGAUGCCCUGCCUAGUCGUGAGAGAUACCGUCCAGUACCACCCACUCUGUAUUCGGAGGUUCGUACUCUGCUGCAGGGAAUGUUGGACAAGGGGAUUGUCCGGGAGAGCAGUAGCCCAUGGGCGGCCCCGAUUGUCCUCAUCCAGAAGAAGACGGGAGCUUGGAGAUUUUGUGUAGACUAUCGGAAAUUAAAUCAAGUCACAAAGAAAGAUGCUUUUCCACUGCCGCGGAUAGAGGACUCUCUUGCCAGCCUGACACGGUCUGUAUGGUACUCCACUUUGGAUCUUGCGAGUGGGUAUUGGCAAGUCCAGGUCGAGGGGUCGACCGAGAGAAGACUGCUUUCACCACUCCCUUUGGGCUUUUUGAGUGGGACCGUAUGCCCUUUGGCCUAUGUAAUGCACCGGCCACGUUCCAACGGCUGA